UAGAAAAUAAAAUAUGAUUGUAGGAAGAAUAUUAGAAUUACUAAAUUUAACUAAUAUGAAACAUCUACAAAUAUAAUAUUAGAGAAUUAAAAGGAAAUUUAACAUGGAUUAGACAACAUCACUCUGAUGUAAGAGAACAAAAUAUAACAUUCUCAGAUUAUUUAUAUCGAGAUAGAAUUUAUAAAAUAUAUUUGCUUGAGAAAAUUAUUCAAUUAUAAGAACACAUAAUGAUAAUUGAAAAUACUUAUAAUAAUAAUUGAUUCUAAAUUUUCUAUUGAAAAAUUGAUUUGCUAUCAAGUAUUCAAAAGAGGAUUCCAAUUAAACAAUAAAAAAAAUAUGUUUUCCAUAAGUCAAAAUGAUUUUUUUACAAUAACAAAAGUAGAAGGACCAAUUAUGAAAUUUAGAAAACGGAAUAUUCCAAGAAUAUUCUGUCAACUUUAAUGCAAUGCACAUAACAGUAAACUUAAGUGGUACCGGGUGCACAUAUAAUAGAGUUCAGUGGUACCCGACGCCCUAUUCAAACUUAAGUGAUAUGUCUACCCCAAUUAUCAAACUUAAGUGGUACCCGAGGUAUUUUACCCUACAUUCUCCACAUGUUACCGUUUCUGAGUCAUUGCUCUACUCGGCUUGGUUAAGGUUGCCUGCAGAAGUGAAGGGUGAAACUAGAAAGGUAAGUAAUUGCAGGAGUGAGAGCUGGAGCGGAAGUGAGAGAGAGAAAAAGCAUAUUUUUACUGUUUUAGAGAAUUAUGUAUUUAGAGCGUUGAGAAAACAUUAAUAUAAUAUUUUAAUUCAAAUAUUAUUUAAUGUACCAACUUUUUUACAAAAUAUUACCACAAAUUUAAAGAAAAAUAAAAUGAGAAAAUUUGUUGAACUUACACACAAAAAAAAAUUUCUUGAACAAAGAAAAGCUCAAUGACUCAGGAAUUUGUUGUCCAAAAUGAAAUUGAGACCAAAACUUAAAAGUAAAAGCAUAUAGUGGCCCAAGAUUCACGUACAUGGAGUCAUGGACCUAAAGGCCCAACCUGGCCGUUGAAGACCAAAAUCUAAGCCACUCCCCUUCUUUCUCUAAUUAGAAAAAACUUUCAAACAGUUGCGGCCCAUCCUCUCAAUGGGAGGUAGAUAAAAAAAUAAAAAAAAGAGCUCAAUUGAAAAUCAUCGGAGAAAUUCAGGCGGGCUAACCAAAUCAAAACUUCCCAUUUCAAAUCCGUACUGUCUCCCUCUCCUCUCUCUCUCUGUCAUCUCAUCAUCUGGCAUCUGCGUUCUAAUUCCCCCCGUUCCCAUUCUCUCUCCUACCCAGACAGGAAGGCCGUCCGGCGGCACGGCAGCGGGCGCCAAUGGAGUCGCUCCGCUUGAUCUGCGACGAAACGAUACCCCGUGCGCGGGAGAGAAUGGACUCUUUUGAGGAAGAAUUCGCCAGUUCCCUGGAUUCAAUCAAGGCCAAAGCCGAAUGCACCGCCCAAACUCAAGGGAAAUUGUGGAAGCUGAAGUCCACCUUGAGAGAUGCCGAAGAUGAAUUUGUGAAAGUGCUCUCAGUGAAAACCCAGAAAGAGGCAAAGCAGAUGCGACUAAGAGACUCCAUAUCUGCUGUAAGGAAUCGAUCAGAAGAACUUAGAAAGACCCUGCAAAUUCAAACAUCAAGGAGGGACGAGUAUGCUGGAACUAUAUCUCAAUUAUAUCUUGAUAAAGGGAACCGGGACAGCGAAUUAAGCGGAAAAACUCAAGAGGCAUUGCUAUGGUAUGAUAGGAUUCUAGGCUUCCAAAUAGAAGGCGGGCACGGGGUCAAAUUCACGUUCAGAAACAUCAAUGUGAAAAAUCCAUCUGAGGAAUACUCCUUCACUGUUCGCCAUGAAAAUGAUACAUACAGCUUGUUGGCUUGCAAUCCACAAUUGAACGAUACCAAAGAGUUGAUCCAUGAGCUGAAUAGAACCAAUGGCCUAUUCAAGUUUGUCAGAACAAUGAGGGAAAAGUUUCAAGAAGCUGCAUCAUCUGGAUUUUUAUCGCAAUCCUCAACUCCUCAGCAAGAAGAGCUGUCCACGAUUUCUGCAUCCGCUCCAGCUUUGUCAGUUUACACUGACCAAAGUGAUUCUCCGACACAGAGAGAGGAGCGUUCAGAUGAUGUCAAGAGACACCCAAAGAAAGUCAACCGUGGAAGAGUGGGCAGAAAGGAAUUGCUAUCACCCGAGUCAAUUCGCCGAUCACCUCGGUUACGGGUAUCUUCAAGAGUAAGAUGACUCCUGAAGUUUUGAUAUGAGCUCUUUGAGAAUUAUACCAACAUAAUAUGCCAACUAGCAGGAAUAGCCUAUGUUGUUAAUGAACGAAAGAAUAGAUCAUCUUCAAUUUAGUCUAUGCAUACCAGAUUGCUAUUUGGUUGGGACAGAAGUUGGAAAAGGAUGGCCUUGGUUAAUUUCAUUGUCAAUAAGCAUGAAGCCAUGAACCUCGUACUAUUGUGACUCAUUCACCUCAUAGCGAGUCUCAACACUUUGGGUCUGGUUUAUUGCCUGUCUAUAUUUAGAGCAUUCAAAUUUCAUAGAAAUUUAACAGAUGAUCAUUGAACAGGGCAGGAAAUGAUCAUGCCGAUACAGUUAAUCUGACCUCGGAUCCUGACGAAAUGGUAUGUGCAUUAUGUGGUUACCAGCUCUUUAACCAAGUUCCUUUUCACUUUGUCGCUGAACAGUUGAUUUCUCUUAUCCAUACGUUUCAGCCUUUGGGUCAUUCAGCUAGCUCCUAUCUCCGACUCUGUUGAUAGCAAACAUCAGUCCUGGUGUAGUACUAGUUCAGUUAUACAUACCUCGGUAUCAAAGUAAGCUAUCAAGUUGCUGGUUUCAGAGCUCUAAGACUCGGCUUGCCAUUCAAACGCUACGCCUCAAAACCCACUCAAUGUAAUGUAUUGGUAUUGUUCAUUCUGUUGCAGUUCAUGCAUAAAUGUAAGGUAUUCGGCAGCUUUGCAAACAUCUAGUCUGCAAAAUUUGUAGUGUAUUCGGUUCUUCACGUUUAUAUGUUGUAGAGCAUUCAAAUGUUGGGUUUCGAGGUCAUAGACGCAAUUGAAAUAUAAUUGAAACCCUCCAUGACUCGCAUGAUUCAAUAAGAAUUAGAGUUUAAA